AUGUACAAAGAGGGUGAUGUGCUGCGCGCCGCUCUGGACAAGCACGACGCGAAGACUACGUCCAACGACACAUGGGACGCGGUGCCUCGGCGAUCGCGUGUCGAGCGCCUUCGCGCCUUCCUCGGGGGACUGGCCACCGCCUUCAUCAACACGACGUCUGUCGAGUCGGACUUCUCCAUCCUCAAACGGGAAAUGGAUGAAAUCCGUACCUGCUUGGUGUAUCUUCGUUGGAAGGUGUCUUCCAGGCGAAACAGCGCGCCAUUCUGGAGGACCUGGACCGUGCGUGAGUGA